AUGUCGCACUUUAGCAUCAGUAUGGAAAAGAUGGCAGAAAAAACUGUAUACUUAUCAAUAAAAUGAGAAAAUCUUAUAAAUUGUGAUUGAAUAAGCUAGUAAAGUUAGUCAAUUAUGGAUGUAAGAUGACUAAAAGGCAACAAAUUCAGCCUUAAUUACAUUUCAAGGAUGUUUUUCGUUCUCUACUAAAUCCGAAAGCAUAACGCCAUGGUAAGCACUAGCGAAACGUCCAGUAAAAACGUGUGCCAUUGGUUUGGUCAUUUAAAGCUAUCUAGAAUAAUACUCCUUUUAUCGGCGUUGCUAUUUUUAUUACCGCUCAUUACGCAUUACUACCUAUCGAUGGUCGAAAGUAACUCUGUACAUAUAGCACACAGUGCCCAUUCGCAUGUAGAUUUACCAGAAGAUUUAAAUUACUUAAAUGACAUGGACUUAAAAACGAGGGUCGAGGAACUGUACAGGAUUAAGGGAUCCGUUUCCAGUGAACUGCGUGAUAUGGAGAGCAAGCGGCAAAAACUACAGCAGGAAUUACAGGCGUACACUAAAAACAUCGAGCAGCUCAAAUUCGAACUUAAUCAUUACCAGACGGAAUUGAAUCGGCUAAAAAUAUCGGUGGAACAAGCCCAAGUGGCCCAACGAGAAGCCUUGGAGCAAAACACGCCGGAGUUAGCAUUACCGAAACGUCUCACACCCAAUCAGUUACCGGCAAUUUAUCCGUCGUUAUCUAAGAGUGCGGUGAAAAAUUGUCGAAUGUUCUCGUGCUUCGACCAUUCUCGCUGCGCCCUGACGUCCGGAUUUCCCGUUUACUUAUACGAUCCGGAUCAGUUCACCGUGAUGCAGAGCAAUUGGGACGUGGACGGUUUCUUGAAGACGACCUUAAAACAGGCGUUGGGCUACAACCCGCAUUUGACCGGCGAUCCAAAGGAGGCGUGCGUAUUUCUAGUUCUCGUGGGCGAGGCUUUAAGGGACAGCGACGAGAUGACGGAUACUUUCGGCGGCGGUGUCAGUUUACCACCGUUAAACACGCUCGCUCUGAGGCGACUGCCGUAUUGGGGCGGCGACGGCAGGAAUCACAUUUUGUUAAAUUUGGCCAGACGGGAUCUGUCUGCCGCGUCCGGUGAUAUAUUUGCUAACGUGGACGUUGGGAGAGCCCUAAUAGUGCAGUCUACGUUUUCGUAUCAAUUGUUUAGAGCCAAUUUUGAUCUAAUCAUAUCACCAGUGUUAGGCCCUCCUGGCGGCGACGUUUGGCAAGAGUGCGUCCCAAUGCUUCCAGCGCGUAGAAAAUAUCUGCUAUCCUUUCAAGGCGAAAUGAAAAGGAACGUCAGCAAGCGAUCGACAGCUUCGACUUACAUUUACGGCAUCGACGACUCCGACCUCGUCAACGGCGACAGUUACUAUUACGAGCUGGACCAAUUCAUCGUCGGGCAUUUGAAGCAAAUGGAAAAGACGAGUGUUUCCGAUAGGUUUUAUUUCGAAUUCGAGUGCGUACCCGCGAACGACGAUAACGGCCACGUUGGAUUGCAAGACUGGGCGCUGUGCGGUACCGAUAGUUCUCGCAAGGCGUACCUGAAGGAUUCGACUUUCGUUCUAAUUUUUGCGCCCGCGACCAACGAGUAUGUUUCGACCACUCUUCUACAGGCGCGAGUUUACGAGGCGUUGCGUUCCGGUGCGAUUCCCGUUGUUUUAGGAGGCGAUCAGGUGCGACUGGCUUACGACGAGGUGAUUCAGUGGAAGAGGAUCUGUUUGUUUCUACCGCGCGUGCGAAUAACUGAGCUGCAUUUUCUCUUGCGAACUUUUCCGGAUGCCGACAUAGUGGUCAUGCGCCGCCAAGGGAGGCUGAUGUGGGAGAAGUACCUGGCUUCGGUUCAGAGCACUUUAGACACAAUUAUUGCGAUACUUCGGGAUCGUUUGAAUAUUCCACCUUUGCCUGUCGAAAACGUACCGGCGAUGUCCAUUUUUAAUGACACCUUUCAACCGACGCAAGUCAUUGUUAAUGUUGAUGGGGAACAGGAUGAGAGUUUGGGACCGAUCGAACCGCCGUACAACACUCCGUCGUACCGACGGAACUAUAGCCUCUUGUUGACUCAAGGUCACGAGGUGUGGAACGAUUGGGGUGAUCCAUUCCAUUUGUAUCCGACGUUACCCACCGACCCUUUGCUUCCUUCCGAUGCCAAGUUCUUAGGCUCAGGGCGAGGAUUUCGUCCCAUUGGCCAAGGUCAAGGUGGAGCAGGCAAAGAGUUUUCGGAAGCACUCGGUGGUAAUAAUCCGCGUGAACAGUUUACGGUGCUUCUGUUGACUUACGAGCGCGAACAAGUGUUGCUAGAUUCGAUCGCGAGGCUCAGAGGUCUUCCAUACUUAAAUUCUGUGGUGGUAGUCUGGAACUCCCCCAAGCCUCCCAGUCCAGAACUACGCUGGCCGGAUAUCGGUGCGCCCUUGCAUAUAAUCAAAGCCGCGCGCAACUCUCUAAACAAUCGCUUUCUGCCAUUGGACAACCUAAAAACUGAAGCAAUAUUAUCAGUUGACGAUGACGCGCAUUUGAGGCACGAUGAAAUUUUGUUCGGGUUUCGGGUGUGGCGUGAGCAUCGGGAUCGGAUCGUCGGAUUUCCGGGCCGCUUCCACGCUUGGGAUCUAAACACUGGUAGCAGUUGGCUGUAUAACUCAAACUAUAGUUGUGAAUUAAGCAUGGUAUUAACUGGUGCCGCUUUUAUACACAGACAUUACUUCCAUUUGUAUUGGAAGUGGUUACCACAGGCCAUUCGCGAUAAGGUCGACGAGUACAUGAAUUGCGAAGACAUAGCGAUGAACUUUUUAGUUAGUCACAUUACAAGGCAGCCGCCAGUUAAGGUCACAUCGCGAUGGACGUUUCGGUGUCCUGGAUGCCCACAAAGUCUGUCGGAGGAUGAUACCCAUUUUCAAGAACGUCACAAGUGCAUUAACUUCUUUACCCAGGUCUUUGGUUAUAUGCCACUGUUAAAUACGCAAUAUCGCGCCGAUUCAAUAUUGUUUAAGACUAGGAUUCCACACGAUAAACAGAAGUGUUUUAAAUUUAUAUAAACCAACAUUGUGAGAACUUUAUAAUUUAUUUAUUGCGGUAACCUGAUUAGAACUAGUUAUUUAUUGUGAUAUUGAGUAAUGUGCCAUUUUAAUUGUCAUGUCUAAUUUUUAAUUUUUUAUUAAAGAAACGUGUAAAUAUAAACUAA